GAGGCUCCAAGAGGCACGACAGGAGGCGGGAAGUUAGGUUUGAAAUUCUGGCAGAUACAAGAUGGCGGUGCGCCGGCAGCUGCAGCGAUACUUUCAGGAACCCCGAGUCGGGGGUGCAAUUAUGGUGGAGAGGCCGAGACCCGCGACGAGGAAUUGGCACCAAGAACAGGAGAGAAGGAAGGCGCUUGAUAACGCCAGCAGCGUCCUAAAAGAUCGGAGUCACCGGCUGGAGGAAUGUAUGAUGUUCCAGUGUCAGCGCUGCCGAACUGUCCUGGGAGACUCCCUCUCUCUCUGCGCCCAGGAAGAGAAUCUUAUCGCUUGUUUCAAGGUCACAAAUGAUGUUAUUGUGGAAGAUUCUGUGAUGGUCUGCAUUGAAGGAGACUUCAUGGGAUGUACCUACAACACAUUGAACUGUCGGUCAUGUAAGCUGGACAUAGGCAUCACGUUGCUGUGUUCAGCAUCGUUGGCAUAUCUGCGAGGCAUCUUCUGUCUUUUCAAGGACUGUGUGGUGUGUUACAUGUUAAAAACUAAAACCACAGUCAAAGCAUCAAAGAUAACCUUCCCUACAGUGAGCCUAAAGGAACGUGUCCAAAAGUUAAAAGAAAACCUAGUGCUAGUGCACACGCAUAUACAAGCACAGCAUAAGAAACUGGAAGAACGAAGCCAGCAGAAAAUUGCAGCCAAGAAGCAUUGCUACAAACUAAGGCCUUAUACCUUAGCAUCUGGGCAUCAAAAAAAGUUGAACAAAUGACUGAUAGUUUGAAACUCAUAGCUGCUACUCUGAUUUCUUUUGGAAGUACUAGCUGAAGUCUCAGAAUGACAAAAUGUUUCUUUUACAUAGGAUGCAAAUAUAUGUAUUCAUUGUGUGAACGUGAGCCGCUGUGAUAGAUUUUAUUCCACACAUAUAAUUUAAAUAUUAAAAUAUUGUUCCUAACCACCUAUGUAUAAGAAUGGAGCACAUCUGUUUCCCCAACCCCAUGAUAUAGUACAGUUGGCUGCUGGGCAACUUGUCUUGUUCUGCUGCUGGGAUCCUCAUUGUUGUAGCAGGGCACCAGACUUGCACUGUCGUUGAUCACUGGAAGCAGAGACAGAGAAGGCUGUCAGUCUUUCUCUGCAUACUUAAAGUUGCUGUACAUGUGCAGAAAGUUAUAGCUUAUUUCUGGGUGUCCUGUCCUACUUUGCUUGAGGGAAUGAUAAAAGUUAUUUAAAGGUAAAUUUCUAGCAAAAGGCUUGCUAGACUUCCAUGGGUAAAGCUAAGCUGUUCAGAGAAGGAAGUUCUACAUUAUGUAAAAAUCUGUCUACAUUUAAGAUUGUGUGUGUUUAGUAUAUUCUGCAAUAAAGAUUUCAUUUAGCAUCA